CACGUGUCUAUUCCGGCAUGGUGACCUCCUUGAGCAGUAAACACAGCCGAGCAUAGGAUAAAUGAAGACGAAUUGUUGGUGGUUCUACUGUAAAUGCAUGCCUCUGGGUGGGUGGCAUCUCCAGACAUAUCCUUUCCUUGUGAUUAAUUGGUUUUGGUAUAAUCUGAAGUAAUGGCUAUGCAAAUGUCCUUUGCUGGACUCAUGUUGAUGCACAGACUGGUGAGAAUUAGCAGUCAAAGACAACUCAGUAGCAGAUUCAUACUGCAUAAAUGUAACAGGAGGCAAACAAGGACUUUUUCAACUGCCUUUGUAAAUUGUAACGAGAACAAGGGAGACGACUCGGACCCCUCACCCCUGAGCUCCAACCUGACCUUCAGGCAAGCCUUAUUGUCCAAAAGGCGAUCCCUGUCCCCCCUGGAGAGGAUCAGCAGCCUGAUGCCCCAGGAAGCCAUGAGCCCAGAGGUGAUGCAGCUGAGGGACGAGCAGAACCAGGAAGACCCAGAAGAAGAAGCAAACAUCCACACACAAGAGGAACAUGAGGCUAUCCCUAAAGAGGAGGACUCAGAGAUCCAUCAUGCAUCAGAUGCAGCUAUGGAGACAGACGAACAGGAGGAGGACAACGGUUUGAUACGACCCACCCUCCCUGGGGAGAGCUUGCUGGUGUUCGGGGAGCUGCUGGUGGCCGAGUUUCGUAAGAAAAACAGGGUGGAGUUCAAAAAGAUGUUUGGCCUUGAGGCGGGGGCACGUCUGAACAGCAACUGGGGGAUGAUCCUGCACGAUGACAUAGCCGGGCAGCCCGCGGGUCGCUUCCUGAAGACGGGCAGGGGGAGUCCCAUCCUCAUACGGAGGCCCAGUCUGGAGGAUUAUGUGCUGUAUAUGAAGAGGGGGCCUGCCAUCGCCUACCCUAAGGAUGCAGCUACUAUGAUGAUGAUGAUGGAUGUCUCAGAAGGAGACUGCGUGUUGGAGUCAGGAUCUGGGUCCGGGGCCAUGUCUCUGUUCCUGUCCAGAGCAGUGGGCGGUAAGGGCAGCGUGCUGAGCGUGGAGGUCAGGGAGGACCACCACAAGAGAGCGGUGCUGAACUACAACCGCUGGAGGACAGCAUGGAGUCUGCGGCAAAGGGAGGAGUGGCCCGACAACGUCCAAUUUCACAGAGCCGACCUCUGCACCGCCUCCUCGCUCAUCGCCGGUCAGGGGUUCAAUGCGGUUGCCCUUGACAUGGUCAGCCCUCAGCUGGUCCUACCUACUGUGAUUCCACAUCUGCACACUGGAGCUGUGUGUGCCGUCUACCUCGCCAACAUCACUCAGGUCAUCGACCUGCUGGAGGGGCUGCGGUGUUUGGCGCUCCCUCUGCUCUGUGAACGCAUCAUUGAGGUCCCGAUCCGAGAAUGGCUGGUGGCUCCGGCCCUGCAGAAAGACGGGAAGUACUGUGUAAGGAAGGCCCCGGUCCCGGAGGGAGAGCAGAGGGAGGAGACAGAAACAGAGGAGACGAUCACAGAGGAACCAGCAGCCUUUGGGAGUGUUCCUUACAUUGCCCGGCCUCAUCCUGAACAGAUGAGCCACACAGCUUUCCUGGUGAAACUGAGGAAGUGUGAGCGGUAGCCUGUAAGGAACCUCAGGCAAAACGUCCUUACACAUCAACCAAAUUGUAACUGUACAUAAUUAAAAAUAAAUGUUUUUUAAUGUAA